AUGGGUGCUGUUUAAGCUUAUGUGAAUUACAAUACUGAAAUGACUUUAACCUCUGAUUUAAAUGCUUAAAUUUAAUGUUGUGGAACUAUAUCUCAUCCAGCAUUUGGUAAUAUCCAGUUGUGGAAAAUGAAGAAUAACACUACUCUUGAAAUCUUUUCUCUUGUAAUAAAUAUUAAUAAUUUAAGACAAGGCAUAUUUAUUAUUAAGAUUCAAUAUUAUUGACAAUUCAUACAUAGAGAACAUAAUUAAAACAUCCUAAUCUAUUACAAUAUUAUGCAUGUACUCAAAAUUCUCCCUCUUUUUGUGGAAAUGUAGAAACAUAGUAAUUUUACUUUGAAUACAUUUCCCAAACACUUUCUUAGUAUUUAUGUGGAAGAUCAGAACCAUUCAGAGAAAUAGAAGUUUGGAAAGUAAUUUUUAUAUCUUAAUUUACUUAGUCACUAGAACAAUUAAUAAGUGUUCUUAAGUAUUUGUAAUAAAAUGGAUAUUCUCAUGGUAAAAUUACUUCAGAUAAUAUCUUCAUCACUUAAGAUUAAACAUUAAAAACUUUAGAUUCAAUUACAAUUUAAUCAACUUCUUAAUAAAUUAAAUAAGAUGUCUAUGAUUUAGCAUAAGUAAUGGUAGAGUUAAUGACAAAAAAAAGUAAUAUAAAAUAAUAUAUAUAUAGAAUUCCAUUUGAGUUUAAAAGACACAGUAAUUUCAUUAAUUGAUGAAUACUCUUAAUAACUUUUACAAUUAUUAGCCAGAAUGCUUAAUAAUACACCAGAGAAAAGACCAGAUUUCAUAGAAUUAUCUGAGAUAAUGUUGAAAAGAUAAUAUAAAUCUACUAGCAUCAAAUAAGAUAUAUCAUUAUCACCUAAAUUAAUUAAAUUCUAGUAAUCUAAAUAAAUANAAUCAACUUUUUUGAUUAAAUUAUAGAAUAUACAAUUUAGUUUUACAAAAUUGAGAAAAGAAUAUGAUUAAUUUUAUUAGAAUAAUUUCAAAAGAAUGAGUUACUGGUAGAGUAUAACUUGA